UUUAUGCUUUUGUAUUCUUUGUAAUGAUUAUUUUAUCUUGCAUAAAUAUCAACCAUCAUAUUAAUAAUUAUAAUAAUUAUAAUAAUGAUAACAAUAAAAGGAUGAGAGUACGUUCCAGUGGACUUCGAUCGCCAACGGACCUGCGUUGAUGCACCACACUAUGUGCCGACUAACAGGACUCAAUACGAUGAUUGUUUUUGGUGGUAGCGACCAAUCCACAGUGGCAUUCAACACUGUGCAUACAUUUAAUCUCGAUGUUGAAGUUUGGGUACUCUCUAAACCUGUCUACGCUGGUAUCGGAGGUACGAUUCCGUCAAUUCGCAAAGGUCAUUCGGCUGUUUGUUUUAACAACACGAUGAUUGUUUAUGGUGGUGGGCCAGAUGGGCCUGUAGAUGACGACGUAUGGGUGCUGGACGCGUCCAAGUCUGAAUGGACGUGGAAUAGGAUGACGACUAAUAAGCAAAUGGGACCUGGGCCACGUACUGGACAUUCAGCACUUCUCAAUGGAACCAACAUGCUUGUCUGGGGCGGUUAUGGUACCGCUCUCCCAAAUGACACCAAUAUUUAUAUUCUAGAUACAGAAACAUGGCAAUGGAGUUCGUCCAGAGAUCCUAGCCCUGCGGCACCGCCUUUACCAGUUGUUCCACCUCCCCCUCCAGCCGAACCCAAAAGAACCAAUCUACCAUUGACGUUAGGUGUUGUCUGUGGCAGUGUAGCUCUUAUUGUAGCCUUUGUAGGCUUCUUACUUCUUCGCAGGAGAUCUCUCAAGAGGAAACAGGAUCGAGCAAAAUGUGCAUCACAAGGAUCACAAGGUGGUACUGCUAGUUUUAUAACAGAUGGUGAACUGAGCCUAGCAAGGGACGCUGUUGGAGAUGAUAAACAACAACCAGGCUUUGUGUAUAGUGGCGGCGGUAUUGGUGCUGGUACAGACAAAGAUUCUGGUACGUCAUCCUCAGGAGGGAAGCGCUCUUUUCAAACUAGUAAUAUUCCCUCUCAGAGAUCGAUACCAGCACAUUCACAUAGUUACCCUAUGCAGUCUAUGACAGCAUUUGCAGCAGCGGACCAUGAGUCAUUAUCUCAUCGUGCAGAAUCGAGCCGGUCAUCUGAGCAGUAUCGACAGCCUCUGACAGCUUCAUCACAAAAGGAGGGCAGUGUCGGCCAUGAGCGAGCAGGGACCACAGGGACAGGAGGAUCCUUAGUAGAAAAUGCUGCUAGAGUCGGAUCCAUCUCUUCCGACCCUUUUUAUCCAGCAUACCUGGCAGAGGAUGAUGAAGAGGAUGCAGACCGAUGGACUUUUGCAUCAUCACUUUCAUUUGAUCAACGAGAUAAUCACCAUAGCUUGCCGACGUUACGGUAUAUACCCACGCGUGUUCAUGGAACAUCAGCGAGAUCACAAGGUCAAUCUACAGGAAGCAUUGGCGGAACUAGCUCACAACGAAUGCCCAUGAUGAUUUAUCAUAGUGGCGCUGGUGGUUCAAAGCCACUACGAGGUGACCGCAGUGCAGGAGGAAUGUCUAUACGAACAGGAAACGGAUCGUCGAUCGGACCAGGCUCGGUGUCAUUGGCUGCAGCCGCCGUAGCUACAUCGACCGAGGUUCUGAGCCGAGAUGGAUCCACCAGUCCUCGGGAUGCGACUCUUUUUAACGCUGUCAGUCCAUUGGAUAGAGUGACGCUAAUGUGCUCUGGAAUGGAUAUUGCUAGUUCGCAUCCCGAAGAAGAUGCUCCUGUGUUUAAUUCUGGUGCAAGCAGCUCUGUACAGCUACAUCAGCGGCAAAAGCAACGGAAUGCAGGCGGUAACAACAAAGGUAGCACUGUUGCUGCUGGUACUACUACCACUGCUGCCGCUAUUAUUCCAUCUGAAUCUCAGCAGAUACAAUUCAAGGGACUAUCUGAAGAGGCUACGACAGAUCUUCGGCGCAAGGAUACUACAUCGACCUCGACAACAAAGUCAUCAACCAAUUAUACUACCUUGGACAACCCAGCGUUAGUAACUUUGGUCCAGAACUUGCCCGCUCGAUACAAACUUUCGAAAUCGCCGAGCCCUAUACAUGGAGAGUCGAAUGACAUCCUGUUUGCCAUUGAUUCAGAUACUCAGCAGCCGAUUGUAAUUAAAUCAUUUGCCAGGAAAGAGGCAUGGGAGCGUGAAUGUCGAAUUUUGAGACGGCUGAGAGGCCCCAAUAUUGUGGAGCUGAAGCAUGUAGCGACGUUGGUCUUGUCCGAGACAGAUGAUCCCAAUAAGCCAGCCAAGAUUCGAUUAACAAUAUUGGAGCGACUAGAUGAGACAUUGGCUCAGAUGCUAAAGAAUGCUAGAAAAGCCAAGAAAGUGGCCUUACGCGAACAAGCAGGACCGAAUGAAAUGUCUGAACUGGAUUUAACAGGCUCAGCUCUGUAUCGAUCCGGAACUGCGCUGGAUGAAGGAUAUAUCCGGGAUAUUGCGAAGGGAGUACUCCGGUGUUUGAGUUGGUGUCAUUCGAAGAAAAUUGUCUAUUGUGACCUGAAGCCCUCGAACGUGAUGCAUAACCGGGAUGAUCCUCGACAACAAUGGAAAUUGAUUGACAUGGAGUCUUCACGCGUAGCGAGCGAGGAAUGUAUUGGAAUCGGAACUGUUCGGUAUUGUCCACCUGAGGUGGCUCGAGGAACCACAGUUGAUAAGCAAGCGUCAUCAGGCGUUACAGCCAACUAUAGCAUUGAUCUCUGGGCAUUUGGAUGCUUGGUCUAUGAAUUGUUUGCAACUAGGCCAUUGUUUCCUCUAUCGUUGUCAGAUGACACGGUGCUUCACUUUUUGGCGCACCCUUCUCCAGACACACCAUCACUGGCGAAUGGUCUCCGAUGGAAUUCAGCACGUGAAUUGGUGAUUCCUGAUUUCGAACUAGCUGUCCCUAAUGAGAGUGCUCGAGCAUUGAUCCGUAUUCUCUUGCACCCAGAUCCACAACGCCGUGCCACUAUGAAUCAAGUCUUGGUAAGAGGCUCCUCCCUUCUUUUUCCACACUUUUUGUCAAUUGUCGCCAUUGUUGUCUCUUUCCUUAGAUAUCACCCAUUACUUACAAUAUCCAAUAAUAACAACGUUAAAAUACUAAUAAUUGGAUAUUUUGAUUAAUAGGCUUCAGAUUAUUUGGGCAUUUCUCCAGAGUCAAGACACUCUUAUACGCGUGAGCGUGAAUUAUCUUCAGCUGACGAGCGUCGAUCUGCAUCGAUCGCAUCGGAAACGCAGACAUCAUUGCAGGCCUUAACUUGGUCCCCUCAGCAACAACAGUACAGCGAUAACAAUAGUAACCAAUAACCAAUAACCAAUAACCAAUAACGGCAGUGGGCUUUACACAAAAGGUCUCGGCCACAACCUGUAGAAAAGGCUACUUACUCUUAUCUAUCUCAACGAUCUUAAUAAGUCAGAAGCCAACGUGAGCUUUUUUUUUGAAAUAUAUCUAUCCUCAAUAUUAUUAUCUUUAUUAUUAUUUUAUUUCGCAUAGAUCAACUGUAGCCAUCAUCUACCCAAGAUUUACUCUUUAUUCAUCCAACUAUUUCAUGUAUAAUAGACUCUUUCAUAAUUAUAAUAAAAAAAAAAUGUUAUCGUG